AUGUCACUAAAUCCAAAGCCUGGCGCCUCUUCUAAAGCCGCCGACCAAGAAGCCCUGUCAUGGAUGCAGAACCUCAGCCCAGCCGUUUCGUACUACGACCCUCAUCAUGAAUCACCAACUUCGGGAAAGGAGCCUCAACUCAUUCUCAUCCUAUCAUGGAUGGGCGCACGACAAGUCCAUAUAUCGAAAUAUGCACUACAAUAUAGGAGAAUCUACCCAUCAUCACGAAUCCUCAUCGCGCAAUGUCCCCUCACUCAUGUCGUGUUCCCUUGGCGCACACGACGCGACCUCUCUCCCGCCCUGCCCUACCUUCGCAACAUGUCGGAGCGCCAACAAAAAGCAGACGAAGCCGGUGAUACGUCACCAAAGAUGCUUAUCCAAAUGUUCUCAAACGGCGGCAUCCACACAGCCAGUUGUCUCCGCAGCAUGCUCCGCGGCGGACAACCACACGGCACACCAGUUUUACCACGAUAUGUGCUAGUGUUCGACUCUUGUCCGGGGUAUUUUCGGUGGAUGAGCUCCUACAACGCCCUGAUGCAAAUGCUUCCGUGGUGGACUGGUCCCGUCGUGCACUCCAUCAUCGCCAUGGUCUGCUUGUACCACUUCCUCCGCCGACUUCCGGCUAUUCAAAAUCGAAAUGCCCGAGCGCUCAGAUCUCCAGGACUAUUAGCAAGAGAAGAGAGGCGGACAUAUCUAUAUGGAACAGAAGACGACUUGAUCCUGUGGCAGGAUGUGGAAGAUAAUGCCCGAAAGGCCAAGGAGGCUGGCUUUACUAUCAGACUGGAAAAGUUUGUGGGUGCCAAACACGUGGACAUCAUGAGGGCAGAGCCAGAGCGCUACUGGAAAGCCAUACAAAAUUCAUGGUCGGACGGGCCACCAACGGGAUAUCAACAACCACCAUCGAGCGGCUCGUAA